UUUUUAUUUUUAAAGGACUAGGUUCACCGGUCAGCGUUCACUAACGUUUUUCACGUGCUUGUGUACAUUUAUUUUAAUAUUAUCUUUUCUUCAUAAACAUCAAAUAUUAUUGAUUUCAGUUUAAAAUGAAGAAGCAAGUAUCUCUCCCUAGUAUAGUGAAGACAAAAGUGAAUAGUAAAGUGAAGGAUAAACUAUUUAAAAAGAAGAUAUUUCGCUUGUUGCACAAGAAGAGAGAACUGAAACAGUUAGUCAAAAAUCGAGGAGUUGUACACAUCAAUCACAUUCCACACGGAUUCUAUGAGGAAGAACUUUUCAAAUACUUCUCUCAAUUUGGUGUCGUUACAGCUGUCAAGGUCCCACGCAGCAAUAAGACUGGGAACGCGAAAGGAUGCGCGUUUGUUGAAUUCGAUGACAAAGAUGUGGCGCAGGUAGCGGCCGAUGCCAUGAACAACUAUCUUAUGUACGAUUGUCUUCUCAAAACUAAGUACAUCGCCCCCGACGGACAGAAGCCGACAGCAUUUAACAGAAGUGGCAAGCCCUGGGUGAAUGGAAGCCCGACGUCUGCGGCCGAUAUGAGACGAAAAGAAGACAGAAGGAAUAAGGAGAAGCCGGUCAAUGAUUUCGAGGCUUUUGCCAAGAAAACAAGGAGUUCUGUGGCCAGAUUGCACAGGAAGCUAACCUCCAGGGCCGGAGUCGACUAUGAGUUUCAGGUCAGUUGCUAUUAUCAUUCAACAAAUUGUAAUAUCAGAAAAUUGUAAUAUUCCAAGGUGAUU